AUGCCCAAGCCACAGCCUCUUCAGAUCCCCACGCGCCGUGAGCGUAGCACGCGUCUCGGUUGCGACGCAGCCACCUCAUACACAGGAGGUCGGUUGUCUGUCUGGGGUUGUACUCCUGAACUACGGUGCGAAACCCCCGCCCCUGCGGAUCUAGGCAAACACGACAACGGCACGGCAAAGCGCACCGACGAGAAAAAUAUAGGCAUGCCGGCACCGUCGGUGGCAGAUGACCAGGUCAAUCUAUGA